UACCACACGUAUUCCGGCAACGGAACCAUCGCCGCCGGCUGGCCGACCAUGGACGAAUGGGUCGACUUCAACACCAUGUGGCAAGCCAACCUGCCCAACAUGGAAGCUUCCUGCGCACAAUGGGGUGUGGCAGACAACACGCCCGAAGAAAACGCCGAUCUGAAAUCCGCGAUCGAAGCCACCUCCGCCAAGACCGGCAUCGACUCGCGCUUCCUCCUCGCCAUCGUCAUGCAAGAGUCCACCGGCUGCGUCCGCGUCAUCACCACGCAAUACUCCGUCUACAACCCGGGUCUCAUGCAAAGCCACAACGGCACGGGUAGCUGUAACACCAACAGCGCAAACCUCGCCCUCCCCGGCGUCAUCGGCGACGGCCAAGUCAAGAUCCCCUGUCCGGCAGAGGAUAUCAGGCAGAUGAUCGAGGACGGUGUCAUGGGUACUGCCUCGGGCGACGGCCUCGUCCAGAUCAUGCAGAAGCAGGGCAAGGACGACCAUAGCCGUUGGUACCGUGCAGCGAGAAUGUACAAUGGCGGCAGCAUUGAUCCCACGGGUGACCUGGAUGCCGGUUGCUGUACGCUUUCGUACGCGAGCGAUAUCGCGAAUCGGUUGACGGGGUGGGUGAAUGCGCCGAGGAACCAUUGA